UCAAUAUUGACCGAACUGCACCAUUUGCCAACGCAAGAUUUCUUUUGACCGGAGCAAAGCACUUGUAGUCGGAUUCAAUUGGGGCAAAAAGCAUAUUUGCCAUAGCAGAUACAAUUUUGAGAGAGAAACAUUGUUCUCUUAUGAUUAAAUGAUGGCAGCGGUGAAAAAGCUUCAUGGAAGAGAGUUUUAUAAGAAACUUGGAUGUCCCAAGCGGAUUUUGGCUCCAAUGGUAGAUCAAAGUGAAUUGCCCUGGAGAAUAUUGGCAAGACGAUCAGGAGCCGACUUGUGUUACAGCCCAAUGUUUCAUUCUAGAUUGUUUAGCGAAAGUGAAGACUAUCGCGGCAAAGUAUUUUCAACUAGAGACAUCCCCGAGGAAAAACCUUUAAUUAUCCAAUUUUGCGGGAAUGAUCCAGAAAUUAUGUUAAAGGCAGCUCAGUUAGCUGUUCCUUAUUGCGAUGCUGUGGAUUUGAAUUUGGGUUGUCCCCAGGGCAUUGCGAAAAAAGGUAAAUAUGGAUCCUUUUUGCAAGAAAAUUGGCCUUUAAUUGAAUCUAUUAUAAAAAAGCUACAUGAAGAGUUACCCAUUCCUGUAACUGCUAAGAUUCGCAUUUUUCCUGAUCCUAAAAAGACGCUUGAAUAUGCAAAAAUGAUUCUUAAUGCCGGCGCUUCAUUUUUAGCUGUUCACGGACGCUUUCGUGAGCAAAAGGGACAGUUUACUGGAGUAGCUGAUUGGGAACAAAUUAGUAUGCUUCGCAAAAGUCUUCCUUCUGAUACGGUCUUGUUUGCGAACGGUAAUAUUCUUCAUUCGUGUGAUAUUGACAGAUGUAUUGAAGCUACCGGAGUAGACGGUGUCAUGUCUGCGGAAGGAAGUUUGUAUAAUCCCAAAAUUUUUCUUCCUUCUAACUCACCCAUGAAUAUAUUAUAUCCCCGUGUUGAUGAUAUUUGCGAUGAAUAUUUGAACAUUAUACGUGAGUUUGGUCUUGAUACGGAUUAUAGUACCCGAUCUGCCAUGAAAGGUCAUAUGUUUAAGUUAAUGAGGCCUUUGUUAAGUAUUCAUACAGACAUUCGAAGUAUGUUGGCUACUGAGUGUACUCCUCGUGAUUUUGAGAGCUUUCCUCGUGCUGUAGCCGCUCUCCGAAAACGUCUAGAUGAAUGUAAGGAGAAGGGUGAAAUACGUGAAGAAGAUGAACCGAAUGAAGAAAACAAGGAUGAACUAGGAUAUCCCAAGAUUCCUUGGUGGCGUGUUCAGCCAUAUGUUCGUCCUAUGACAGAGCCAUCAGUUACUAAACGGAAACUCGAAGAAGCGCCUGUUUCAGAAGCUGCUGUCAAAAAGCUGGAUGUAGGAGCUUAGGGUGACUACUGGAGAACGUAAAGUUCAUUAGAAUUUGGUUUUGGUAAUUUCUUUCAUUUAAUGAAUAUUGGAAUUAGGUUGUAUAAUAGUAUAAAUCACUACGGACUAACAUUUCUCUAAAAGUAGAACAUCAUCAAGAUGGUACAUAUGAAACGAAUGCAAUUAUAAUAAAAACACACAAGCUUAACAAGGGAGAAAAUGAGGAAGAAUAGGAGAGUGCGAAAUUGCACAACUCUAUUAUAGAUAUCUGAAGAAUUUCAAUUAAUAAUAAAGCGAGCGAUUA